AUGUCACUGAACCAGGAGAGAUCAAGGCCUACUUCGUCCAGGGAGGCCAGCGGUGGCAAUCUAUUCGAGUGCUCACUGUGGCAAUCUAUUCGAGUGCUCACUGAAGGACAAGUAACCUUCAGCGAGAUUGGAUUCAUACCCACUAUUGACCUUGUUGAUCUUGACAACCUCCCAUCUACUUUCAAUAGCUCCAACCCGAGAUACAACAAGAUUUGGAAGCUUGGGGCCAAUGCAGCAUCGGCAGCCUGCUUUGAUGCAGAGUCUCAGAGGUCUACAUGGGAUGUGACAGACGACGGGGCAUACAUCCGCGGCCAAAAGGCAGGCACUAGUGUAUUUGGCCUCUCAAUGAAGGACUAUACAAUGAGCUUUGAAAGCAAAAUUGUCCGAGGCGGAACUGGGUGGGCCAUUUCACAACCCAUUGGAAACACGGGAGUCUUGCUGCUGUUGAUCUCCAACUUGCCUCAAAAUACCUCCAUUGCCAAUACCAACCGAACGCUCACCCCUCCAAACUCCCUCGUUGUAGCUUCUGGAUGGGGCUUCGUCAACCAGACGACCUUGGAUAGUCAGGCUAUUGGGAAUUUCCCAUUACCUUUUGAAAUCGAAGAAGAGCACUGGUACAGCAUUUCUACCACACUCCUAAAUGGGACUCAGCUCUCCGUUGCGAUUGAAGGCCAGCAAGUCUUGAACAUUUCGCUGUCCCACUACGGAGUUGCCCCACAGAGUACAGGUGGCUGGGGAUUUGGUCCCUACCAAGAUCAAAUUGCCUUCGUGAAGAAUGUUACUGUACAUGCCAGUAAUGGAACUCUCGUCUAUCAGAACAAUAUGACGGGCCCCAGCAUCCUAUCUGAAUAUGGGGUUCGCCACAACGUCGAAUCUAUAUGCAUGGAUGGUGCUAAGAGAGACCGCCUCAUGAGUAUUGACCCUCAAAUGGGCUAUAACACAUCAUCCCUCAAGCUAGUUACCAGCUCCUAUAAUGUACUCGGAGAUUAUCAGGUGCUGGGCCUUUUGGCUUUCACUGGGUAUUUCCGUCGAAGCGGAGAUGUGGAAUGGGCCAGGGAGGUUUGGCCCGCAUUUCAGAAGCAGAUUUCCUGGAUGAUCAGCCAAGUCAACAGUACCACACACCUGGUUGAUUUUGGCCAGUUCAUUGGCCCGCCUUCUGGGACUGCCGUCAGUGCCGCCCUGGUCCAAGAGUUAAACGAAGCUGCCGAAGUGGGUGAUGCACUGGAUGACAAGGAAAGUGCGGCUGUUUACCGAAAGAAUGCAGUGCAAAUAUCUGAAGCCAUCAAUGAACUCCUAUGGAAUGCAAAGCUCGGAGCGUACAUGCUUACCACAUCUUCCAACACCAGCUUCUCCGUUGCCGGUGUUGCAUUCGCCAUCAGUUCUGGCGUGGCGAACAAAAUAAGGGCCACUUCUUCACUGGCUAAACUUGCCGUGUUGAAGCUUGCUCCAGGAUACAAGGAUGAUUCGACAGCUGAUGCAGCCUCUGCUAAUAUCUCUCCUAACACCAAUGGAUUCCUUCUGCUCGCGGCGCUUAUGGCCGAGGAUACAUCCAUGGCCAAAUAUCUGUUGGAUAACUUAUGGGCAGCGAUGCUCAGCGACAAGUAUGGGAGUGGAGCCUCCUGGGAAUAUGUCGGUCAAAAUUCCGCGCCUGGGCUCAGCUUGUUUACAUCUCUGAGCCACCCAUGGUGUGGUGCGGCCACUUAUGUGCUGACCGAGUAUAUCGCGGGAAUUCGUGCACUCACCACGGGACAUAAGACUUGGAUCAUUCAGCCUUCUUUCAGAGGCUUUGAUCUUGAUUGGGUUGCUGUAACGCGAUAUGGACAGUUAUCUAUGAAAUGGACGUAUGAUUUCAACAUUCUUACUGUGGAGGUUACAGCUCCACGAGGGACUUCAGGUAAAUUGAAGCUUCCUGAAGAUCUCAAGGUCGAAGAGGUGGUUGUGAAUGGCAAGAAAAAGUCGAAUAGCGAUGAAAUUUCGCUGCAGAGUGGACGCUCAACGGUUAUGAUUCAAUGUGAUGUGGAUCAACACUCACACCAAGAAGCCAUGAGCAAAUUCUGA